AUGGCAAGUUUCCUCGACGCUGAAUCCGCGCACAAGUACAAGAAUGCCGAGAAGGCGACUCGCCCUUAUGUCAAAACCAUCGUCCAACAAUCAGGAAUAGCUGCCUAUCUCGAAACAGGAGCUGAAGCCAAUAUACUCGAUUUCGCAUGUGGAACGGGAGUUGUUGCACAGGAAAUCUACGAUACAGUACCAAAAGAGAAGUGGGAACAGCUGAAAGUGCUGGGCACUGACAUCAGUCCCCCGAUGUUGGAACAUUUGAGAGCGCGAGGAGAGACGCAGGGAUGGAAGAAACUGGAUACGAAGAUGGUAGAUGGGAAUGCGGAUACAUAG